AUGGAUUCUGGACAACGUGAUCUUGUUCGGCAGAUUGUCGGAAUAAUAGGAAACUUCAUCGCUCUAUGCCUGUUUUUGUCACCGACGCCAACAUUUGUACGCAUAGUGAAGAAGAGGUCAGUGGAAGAGUACUCACCGAUUCCGUACCUAGCGACUCUCAUAAACUGUCUGGUUUGGGUUCUUUACGGGAUCCCUCUUGUGCAUCCUGAUAGCUUGUUGGUCGUUACAAUCAACGGCACAGGGAUCGUGAUCGAGAUUGUGUUCCUCACCAUCUUUUUCAUUUUCUCUGGCCGUAAGAAACAGCGGUUGGUGAUAGCCGCUGUUUUAGCGGUUGAACUCGUGUUUAUCGCUGUACUCACAGUUUUGGUGCUUACUCUCCAACAUACUACCAAGGAACGUUCCAUGAGCGUUGGAAUCACUUGCUGCCUUUUCAACGUGAUGAUGUAUGCUGCUCCAUUAUCUGUCAUGAAAAUGGUGAUAAAACCUAAAAGCGUGGAGUUCAUGCCGUUCUUUCUAUCGCUAGCUGGGUUCCUAAACGCUGGCGUUUGGACACUUUAUGCAUUGAUGCCCCUUGAUCCAUACAUUGUUAUACCAAAUGGAACUGGAUGUGCAUUUGGGCUGGCCCAACUGAUUCUGUACGCUACUUACUAUAAGUCCACCAAAAAGAUAAUGGCUGAAAGACAACAACACCCCGUUCGUGAAGUGAGCUUAUCCAGUGCGAUCGUCCGCGUCGGAGCCCAGAAUAACCAACGGCUUAGCAGCGUUUGA